AUGGCCCAAGCCAAUGACGAAUUCAUGCAGGCGCUAUCUGCAAUGAUUGUGCAAACCCUCAGAACGUCAAUCGGAAAUGCUGUUGAACAGGCGAAUAUCGGUCCUCGAAAUCCUGCUGGAGACGCUGCUGCUCCAACACCGAAAGUCCCGUCAUUCUCUAUGAACGAAUACCGGUCCGCAGAAGGGACAUCCGUUUCGGACUAUCUCAACCGAUUUGAGUGGGCGCUGCAGCUGAGCCACAUACCAGAAGGUCAGUACGCACACUAUGCCAGAGUUCACAUGGGAGCUGAACUGAACAACGCGUUAAAGUUCCUCGUAACCCCCCGGAAUCCUGCAGAAGUACCAUACGAGGAACUACGUGCUACGCUGGUCAACUACUUUGACCGAACGAAAAACAAAUUUGUAGAAAGCAUCAAAUUUAGACAGAUCGUCCAGCAAAAAGGUGAAACGGUCGCGCAGUUCGCCUUACGAUUGAAACAAGGUGCAUCACAUUGUGAAUACGGUAACUUUCUGGACCGAAUGUUGAUCGAACAACUUUUACAUGGACUCGAGGCUACAGAUACGUGUGAUGAAAUCUUAGCAAAGAAACCAGAAACGUUUCACGCUGCCUACGAAAUCGCGCACACGCUAGAAGCAACCCACAACACAGCACGAGAGGUGAACACAGGGACACUAUCGCCGAAUCCGCCUGAAACCGCAAACAAGCUCGGUUACGAAAACUCCAGAUAUAGAAAACUAACGCAACCUGAUUGCCGUCCGUCAACAUCAUACCCGGCACAACAGCGACAGCGAAAUUUCGAGUCGCUAGGUGGUAGGCAGCAAUCCAGUAGUUACAACGAUCGGGUGUCGGACCCCUGUAAUGGUUGUGGCGGUCACCACCUACGGAAUCAUUGCCGUUUCCGUAAUGCAAGGUGCAACAAUUGCAACAAGAAAGGCCAUAUUGCUAGAGUGUGCAGAUCAACGAAGGUCAAUUUACAAAAUUCUUCCACCGACGAAGUUCAAUCACAAGAGGACGCAGUUUCUGAGCUUGAUUCGAUACAGUCGUUAAGCCAGGUGUACGACGUACAUUCGAUCGGGAAAAAGAUGAUCAACGUGCAGAUAGAAGGGCGGUCUUUACAAAUGGAGUUAGACACCGGAGCACCAUGCGGGAUUAUUGGAGAAACAAUGUUAAAAGCUAUCAAACCGAGACUUUCGCUGUUACCAACGGACCGACAGUUUUCGAGUUACUCCGGUCACCGUAUCAAUUGUAUUGGUCGCACACCUGUGAACGUAUCUGUCGGAGCUGCAACGCGUAGGCUCAAUGUAUACGUAGUAUCCGGAAAAUCUGAAGCCCUCUUUGGUCGAGAAUGGAUCACACACUUUGCUGACCAGAUCAACUUAAAUAGACUUUUCGCACCCGGCGUGCCUGUCAAUUCGCUUGCUACUACCGCACUAAGUCAGAAAGAAGAAGCUAAGUUAUCAGAACUACUGGAACAUUUUAGUGACAUUUUUAGCGACAUUCCCGGUAAGCUUGUGGGACCACCAGCAAAAGUGCAUUUAAAACCAGAUGUAUCACCAGUUUUCGCUAGGGCACACGAUGUACCCCUUGCCUUACGCGAACGUUAUGCAACAGAAAUCGAUAAAAAACUCGCUUCAGGAUUUUACCAAAAAGUGGACUUUUCGGAAUGGGCAUCACCGACACACAUCGUCGUGAAGAAAAAUGGUAGUAUUCGGAUCACCGGUAAUUACAAGCCAACCGUCAAUCCGAGGAUGGUCGUCGAUGAACAUCCAAUACCAAGAAUCGACUCAAUUUUCAAUAAAAUGAAGGGAGCUGCCUUGUUUUGCCAUUUGGACAUAACCGAUGCCUAUACACACUUGCCAAUCGACAACGAAUUCAGCCACGUACUUACGCUGAACACCACGACACACGGGCUUAUCCGUCCUACGAGAGCGGUUUAUGGAGCUGCCAAUAUCCCUGCUAUUUGGCAACGCCGAAUGGAAACCGUCCUUCAGGAGCUGGACAACGUCGUCAGUUUCUAUGAUGAUAUUAUCGUUUUCGCAAACAACUUCGACGAUCUACUGCUAGCGCUAACAAAUACAAUGGAAAGGUUGAAAGUAAAUGGUUUGCGGCUCAACCGAUCAAAAUGUGUGUUCGCCGUACCGUUUCUCGAAUGUUUAGGGCACAAAAUCGAUCACCAGGGACUCCACAAGUCGGAUAAACAUAUCGAAGCCAUCCGUGAUGCUCCACGCCCAUCAACGCCAGAUGAAUUGCAGCUUUUCUUAGGUAAGGCAACUUAUUAUAGUUCAUUCAUUCCGAACCUUUCCUCUAGAGCCAGAAGCUUACGCGACAUGCUUCUUACCGAUCCGUUUAAAUGGACACCAGAAGCUGAGAAGGCUUACCACGAUUUGAAACACGCUUUAAUCUCCCCGCAAGUAUUAAUGCAAUACGAUCCUACAUUGCCGGUGGUUCUAGCAACGGAUGCUAGUAAAACGGGCUUGGGUGCUGUGCUUUCACACCGACUUAGCAGCGGAAUAGAACGGCCUGUGAAUGAAUGA